AUGGAGGGAGUUCAAGUGGUGCAUACCAAGUGUAGAACUGUAUCAGUGGCUUCUGCAUAUUCUGCCCAUCAGGAAGCUAUACAACAUAGAGACCACAAAUUCUUAAGACUUGCUGUUGAAGAAGCAUAUAAAGGGGUAGAAUGUGAAGAUGGUGGCCCCUUUGGUGCUAUUAUUGUUUGUAAUGAUGAAGUAGUGGCUAGUUGUCACAACAUGGUGCUGAGGAACACAGAUCCAACUGCUCAUGCUGAAGUAACUGCAAUAAGAAAGGCUUGUGAAAAGCUAAACCAGAUAGAACUUUCAGACUGUGAAAUAUAUGCUUCUUGUGAACCUUGUCCAAUGUGCUUUGGAGCAAUCCACCUUUCACGAGUUAAGAGGUUGGUUUAUGGAGCAAAGGCAGAGGCAGCAAUUGCAAUUGGAUUUGAUGACUUCAUUUCAGAUGCAUUGAGAGGCACUGGAUUCUAUCAGAAAGCACAGCUGGAAAUCAAAAGGGCUGAUGGGAAAGUGGCUAACAUUGCUGAAGAAGUUUUUGAGAAAACAAAGGAAAAAUUCAGAAUGUAUUGA